AUGUUUCAGCUGCCAAUCCUGAAUUUCAGUCCCCAGCAGGUAGCGGGGGUAUGCGAGACACUGGAGGAGAGCGGGGACAUCGAGCGCCUCGGCCGCUUCCUCUGGUCGCUGCCCGUCGCGCCCGCAGCCUGCGAGGUGCUCAACCGCAACGAAUCCGUGCUCCGAGCUCGCGCCAUCGUGGCCUUCCACACGGGGAACUUCCGCGAGCUCUACCACAUCCUGGAGAACCACAAGUUCACCAAAGAGUCCCACUCCAAACUGCAGGCGCUUUGGCUGGAGUCGCACUACCAGGAGGCCGAGAAGCUCCGAGGCCGCCCGCUCGGGCCGGUGGACAAAUAUAGGGUGCGCAAGAAGUUUCCGCUGCCCAAAACUAUUUGGGACGGAGAACAAAAGACACACUGCUUCAAAGAAAGGACCAGGCAUUUGCUGCGAGAAUGGUACCUGCAGGACCCUUACCCGAACCCGAGCAAAAAGAGGGAGCUCGCAGAAGCCACGGGACUUACUCCCACCCAAGUGGGCAACUGGUUUAAAAAUCGAAGACAAAGGGACAGAGCGGCGGCCGCUAAAAACAGGUUACAACAACAGGUGCUGUCCAACGGCUCGGUUCCUGGCGAGGAGGGCACCGUGGACCGGCUGGGCGGUGCGUCGAGCCCAGAAGCCAGCCUGUCGAGCAAAGCUGCUGCUUCGGCCAUCUCCAUCACAUCGAGUGACAGCGAAUGUGACAUCUAA